GGGUUGGGAGCUGGCAGGUGGCAGCUGGCUGCCGGGAAGGUGCCCCCUGCCUGGGACCAGAAAUUGUGGGAAGUUGUUUUGAGUUGGUAACUGUGUUAGGUUUUCUCUCAGGGUCCUUCCUUGGUCUCCUUGUAGGUCAAGACUCCAGACCUUCAGCGUCUCACCAUGUAGCCUUGGACCCCAUCUGCGGGGUCUAUUUUGUGCAUCACCUUGGACAUUCAGUGUGUUGGGGGAGGGAGGGGAGAGGACAGUGGUGCACUGUCCUUUUUGUGUUGAAACCACAGGAAAAAGAUAGUGGUCACUGUCAGUAAUGUUUAAUAUGGAAUACAGUCUUUAAAGUGCAAACCGUAGGAAGUAUUUUCUCUGGAAAGGAGGUUGUAUUCAUUCUCCCUCCCCUCCUCUUCUCUCUCUCUCUUUCCAGAAAAAAGAAAAAAAAUUUUUUUUUGGGGGGCACGCGUCUCCCACCCAUCUUUGCCUUAAAAUAAGAUCCCCUUUAAAAACUCUGUCUUAAGUAGGUUAUUUAAACUCCACACAGGGCUGCUGAGAUGAUUUAAAGCAGCACUCCGUUCUGGGAAGGCCCUUUCAGAGUUACUCGUGCCAUGACUUUCUUUUCAGUCUUAUUCUUGUCAUAGAAGCCUAUGGAGCUGCUCGGGGUGGCCAGGUCACCCGAGCAUGGCCAGAGAGCUGCUCAAGAAUGCGUGUUUGCCUCGGGUCAUUCCUCUUCUAGUUGCCUGGCUUGGGCUCUUUCAGAAGAUGGGUGUAAAAUGUGCCUGUUGCAGAUUUUGACUGAGCUGCUCUGGGCCGGGGUCGGGGUGGGGGGAGCUGAGGUCCCUGUCUGAUGGCAGAAUGACACUGGGUAUUGUGACUUCUCUCUGGGAGUGGUGAGCUCCAGGAGCACCUAUGAAGAGUGACUAGGGGAAAAAGUAUGUCUUCGUUGUAUGUAAUUGGGCUGUGUGCCCAUCACAGGGUGUCAAGCCAGUGCCCCACCUCGUUCCCCUGUGCUCUCCAGAGGAGGAAGAGAGGGAGGAUGGAGCUGAGAGCUUCUGGACCUGAAUUUGCCUCAUGUCCAGCCUGCUGGGCAAGCUGCCUGUCCUCAUCAGAAAGGAGUGCCAUGCCUCACGGCGGGCCUCACAGGGCUCCACAGGCUCUCCGUGCAAUCCGUGCUUCUCAGGGGCCACUGCCCGGGCCCUGGAGCCUCAUUAAAUUGAGCUCUUCACAUCCCACGUGUAAAAUCACUACCUUUAGCAGCUUAACUGCUCUUCUAUGAGAAUUCUAGCACUUGCUUUCACCCAAUUCACAGGGGAAGACCCUGCAAUUGUUUUUAAAAGAAGUUGAGAUUUUCUUCCCCUGCUGAUUUCCAGGGCCUUCUAGUUUGUUUUGGGUUUUUUUUUUUUUAAUUACAGGUUUUACCAGAAUUGAGGUUUACUGAUUGAUUGAUUCAGAUGACAAUAGACUAGACAAGCCACACCUAGAGAAGCAGUGUUUGGACAGGGGAAGAAGGUAGACUCCAUCCAUCCGUUUUCAGGCACUGUAAAACUUAAAUCCUUUACUCUGAAGUCAUCGUCACAAAAUUGUUUCUCAAAGUAGAUUGAGACCCAAACAGGAGCCCACUGACUUUAAGCGGAAUUUUAGUAAAAUAUUCUUUAGAUUUUGAGCAAAAACAGCUUUGAAGCAUUUGCGGAGAUCGGUUUAACGCAUCUCUCCAGCACUUGCUCUGUGCCAAGUUUGCACCUAAGUCCGGGGGAUGGGGGGAUGGGGCGGCCCCCUGCAGGCCUGGCUCCCUUUCCUGGAUUUGCAGUCACACUAGCUGCUUUUUAGCAAGCGUCUUCUGCGCACCAAGCCCAGUGCUAAGCGCUUUCCAUGGAUGAUCUCCUUUCUUCUCCAUAAGAACCCUAACAUGUAGGUGCCAUCAUCCCGAGUUUUUAGCCGGGAAGGUGGGAUUUCCCAGCCCAAUGUCGGGGCGGCAGGUGGGGCGUGGGGUGGGCAGUGGGCCGGCUGGCGAAGGUGUAGUCUGGCUGGAGCAGACACACAACCUCUCCACUGCCUCCCUGAGAGAGAUGCAGGGGCAGGGGCAGGGGUCCUGGGAUGAAAACGCAGCAAGGAUUCUGAAUGAUUUUGCUAAAAGCCUGCAGGGAGAUCCUUGAAGGAGGCACGAUGUGUGGAGGGCCGAGGGCUGGAAUUGGGGGGGGGGUGCCCAGGCUCUUAGGAGUUUAGCUGGAGCCUUCCAACAGAGCUAUUUGCUUUGCUUGUCUGUAACCCCAAAGAAGUUCUUUGAAGACAUUAAAUAAAUUUCAGCAGCUUUAAAUGGAGAUGAAUGUUUGCUCAAAAGUAGAUUUUUUUAUAAAAAAUCAUGUAACUGGUGAAUUUUCAGUGAGUGCUAAGAGGAAGCCAUGCUCCUGCAGGCCUCAGGUCCCGUGUCGUCUGAUGCAUUGGUCCAAAAGAUUCCUUGUUGCUAAGCAUAGAGGACAGACUGAAAAAUAACACAUCGUGAGGUUGGCUGUGGGACAGGAGACCAGGCCUGCCUGGCGUGCUGGGCGUCCCUGUCGGCUCUCAGGCCUCCCUGCCCAUUCCUUUCCGUCUUGCUCUGCCUUCGGCCCUGACUUCAGAAUGGGGUCAUUUUCCAUGACCUCGCAGGGGACCACGGAGAUGGGGCAGAUGCACAGUCCGCUUCCUCCCACAGAAUCGGAUGCGUUUCAGUUCCGUUGGAAGGCCGCAGUGAAAUGAUUGGCUUGAUGACCCGCCAUCUUCCCCAGGCCUGUGUGCCUCUCUGUUGGUGUGGCUGGGACGUAGACUGGUCCCCAGGGGGUGGAGUCAAGCGUGUCCUGUUCCCUGGCAUGCUCUGGUGAUUGAGCACACGGUGGAACCACUGGGCACGUCCUGGUUUCCCAGAGCCGAGCCUCUGCCCGAAGGAAGAGGGCAAGCGAGACCCAGCAGGACACCUCGACGCACCUGCCAGUCCACGGGAGCUGCGGGGACUGGAGAGAAAUACUUGGAGCCGGGGUUCAUAACCUAUGCAUGAAGCAUCCUGUCUUGUGACCAGAACUCUGUGGUCAGCGCGGCGUAAAUGGCUCCUCUCCCCCCCGGCAUUCGCCUCAUCAUCUCAUUCUCCCGGGAUCAGUGGUACAGAGCCUUCAUUUUUAUUUUGACAUUUUUGCUGUAUGCAAGUUUCCACUUAUCCCGAAAGCCUAUCAGCAUAGUUAAGGGCGAGCUGCACAGGUACUGUGCUACCCUGUACGAGGGCCAAGUCGGGUUCAGCAGCUGGAGCCGGAAAGCCAGUGACACGCCCCGCCGCCAGCCAGCAGACAACGAGACGGACUGCAGCUGGGCCCCGUUUGACCAGGACAACUACCAGCAGCUGCUCGGGGCCCUGGAUUACUCGUUUCUGUGUGCCUACGCCAUUGGCAUGUACCUGAGCGGCAUCAUAGGGGAACGCCUGCCCAUUCGGUAUUACCUCACGUUUGGAAUGCUGGCCAGUGGCGCUUUUACCGCCCUCUUUGGGUUAGGGUAUUUCUACAAUAUCCACAGUUUUGGAUUCUACGUGGUAACUCAGAUCAUCAAUGGACUGGUGCAGACGACCGGCUGGCCCAGCGUCGUCACCUGCCUCGGCAACUGGUUUGGAAAAGGAAGGCGAGGUUUGAUUAUGGGGGUCUGGAAUUCCCACACCUCUGUGGGCAACAUUUUGGGCUCCUUGAUUGCUGGCUACUGGGUGUCCACCUGCUGGGGCCUGUCCUUCGUCGUUCCUGGGGCCAUCGUGGCAGCCAUGGGGAUAGUGUGCUUUCUCUUCCUCAUCGAACAUCCGAAGGACAUCGCCUGCUCCUCGUCCCUGGCGGCGCCGAAAGGCUAUGAGAACGGCACACACAGAUUCCGGCUGCAGAAACAGGUCUUCACGGACGACAAGAGCCAGCCUCUGGACCCCGAGAUGCAGUGCUUGCUGCUGUCAGACGGAAAGCACCCCGUCCACCAGAACCACGUCGUGGUCCUCCCAGCCGACGGCGGGGGCAGCAUGGCCGCCAUCAGCUUCACCGGGGCCUUGAGAAUCCCCGGUGUGAUCGAGUUCUCUCUGUGUUUGCUGUUUGCAAAGUUGGUCAGCUAUACCUUCCUCUUCUGGCUUCCUCUGUACAUCACGAAUGUGGAUCACCUUGACGCCAGACAGGCCGGGGAGCUCUCCACCCUGUUUGAUGUGGGUGGCAUCUUCGGUGGGAUCCUGGCAGGUGUGAUCUCAGACCGACUGGAGAAGAGGGCCUCCACCUGUGGCCUGAUGCUGCUGCUGGCGGCCCCAACGCUCUACGUAUUCUCCACCAUCAGCAAAAUGGGCCUCGAAGCCACUGUCGCCAUGCUACUUCUCAGCGGGGCUCUGGUCAGCGGGCCGUACGCUCUGAUCACCACCGCCGUCUCCGCCGACCUGGGCACGCACAAAAGUCUCAAGGGAAACUCCCACGCCCUCGCCACUGUGACCGCCAUCAUCGACGGGACUGGCUCUGUAGGAGCGGCCCUGGGCCCCCUGCUGGCCGGGCUUCUGUCCCCGUCUGGGUGGAACAACGUUUUCUACAUGCUCAUGUUCGCAGACGCCUGUGCCUUACUGGUACAGUUCCUGAUCCGCCUCAUUCACAAGGAGCUGAGCUGCCCGGGGUCGGCGACCGGGGACCAGGUUCUGUUCAAGGAACACUGACCCCUCGAGUCCCCUGGAGGGAGGCUGGGCCCGUCCUUCACAAACUCCCUGUCAAGGAAAAGUUCAAAUAAAGGAUCCUGUGUUGGAAAGAAUGAUUUACCCUUGCCUUUUGCACACACCCCUGGAAAAGACACAAAAGCCACCUUGAGAAGUCCGGGUGCUAUCUCAGGCAAGCCGUGGUGCUCACGACAGCGGCAAGGAGGUGCGGGAAGUGCUGUCUGCACGGUGGAGCCUGGGACACGCGCGGGACAGGCAGGCACCCCGGCACCUGCUCGGGACUGGCGGGUGGUGCUCAGGGGAGCCGGGGUCUCUCAGGGGUUUCAGUCUAGAAUGUGAGAGCAGGUGAGCACCGCGCUGGCCGGGACCAGAUACUGCAGCAGGCGCCAGGAUGCCGCGCGGAGCCCAGCCUCUGGGAGGACAGAGGAGAUGGACGCCUGGAUCAGAAACCAAGACGGAGCUCAGAGCCGUCCCAUCACCCAGAAGACUUUCCCAGCACCUCCUCCCACUCUGCGCGGACCUGAACAGGAGCCGUCAGGAAGUGAGCAGCCGGCCGUGCACCCUGCCUGGCAGUGCCCGGGGAAUGCCGGCCCGGACACCCGGGCACGUCUGUGGUCCCAGCUCCGAGGCCGCCCCCGCUGCUGUCCCUGCAGGUCUGGGGGAAGACAUGGUGGGGGUAGGCGGGCCCGGCGCCCCGAUGUGCUUCACCCCUCCACACGCCAGACACCCGGAACUGUCUCUAGAGACGUAGCACCAGCGUGGGUUUAUUUAUUGAAGAUGUGGUAUGUGUUCUAGAAGUUUCAGAAACAUAAAUGGCAUUUUGUUAUUUAUUAAGACAAACCGACUAUCCUCUGGCCACUUGUUUUCCCACUUGUUGCCAGCAAAAUACUCAUCUGCUCUUUGAAAUAAAAUGUUUUUUAAAAAAA